GGGGGGAUGCUGAGGGUGGUGGGACCAUCCGCCUGCCAGGGAAAAGCCGCAGCUGGGCCCUGGGAGAGUCAGCAGCUGAGAGAAGGGGAGGGAAGUUCCCAGCUGGGGAGAUAAGGUUGGGCACUGGAAGAGAACCAGGUGCUUCCUUCGUGCCAGCUAGGCAGGGAGAGGGCAGCCAAUGGCCAUUCAUGCAAUCCGGAUCACCAAAGGCUGCACGGGGACGCUCGGACCCACCACCUCCACCAGGGAAGCCAGCGUCGCUAGAUCUGUUGGGCCUCUCCGAAGGGCCCAGGGGAGACUGCAAAGCAAGCAUGCCAAGUUGGCACGAGGUAUGCCUUGGCACCUGGCAUAUCUCCCUGAGCCUCCGAGGCUGCUUUUGAAGCUGGGCACCCAGCUGGCCUCUUCCCAGAGCUGGGCCCCCGUUCCCUGGGCUGACCUUGUGCGGGCAAAAUGCCCAGAGGGGUCCAGCUCUAUAAAGCCGCCCUCCGGCCCAAGGACUGGACACUUCGGCCAAGAUGCAGGCUUUGCUCGGCACCCUCCUCCUCCUCCCGCUGCUCUUCGCCACCGGCCAGGCCCAGUGCCCGGCCCCCAACGAGCUCAAGAACCCACACCCCAACGGCACCAAGGUCUGCGCCCAGAUGUACACGGACGACAGCCCCUACUACGACCUCUGCUGCGGAGGGAGCCUCCUGAUGGCCUUGGCGGGCGAAGACCAGCCGUACAUGCCCACGGCUUUCAACAACAAGGUCUCCUCGCUGGUGGUGGGCCAACGCUGCGAGCUGACCGUCUGGUACAGGAAGGGCAAGGGGGGCAACACGCGGAAGUUCAAGGCCGGCGCCUACCCGCGCCUGCAGGAGUUCAAGAGAGGCGUCUUCGGCGACUGGGACGACUCGAUCUCCGCUUACUACUGCAAGUGCAACUGAGCCGGAGCCACGGAGGGAGCCGCCGCCGCCGCCGCCCAGCCCAUCCUCGCUCGGGUCACCCCAGAGUCGUCCCCCCCCCCACCCCGCAUCUCAAGGCCCCGAAUGUGCGGACGCCCCAGACCGUCUCCCCUGCCCGCCUCCCGUAGCAGCAGCAGCUCAACUUGGCAGCCCCCCCAGAGGCAGAAGAACGCGCAGCCCGGCACCGGCCCUCCCGCGAACGGAGCACCCAGAUGAGGCAGAAGGAGAAGUUGCCUCCCGCGGCCUCCGAAACAGCGCCGCCCAGAGCCUUUGAUCGGCCAAGGAGCUUCUCCGCCUCCCCUUUGAGCGCCGCAGGUUGCUCGCCUUGCGCGAAAGGUUCGUUUUCGUUCCAGCGGCCGCCCGAAGAUCCUCCGGGCGGCCCUCCGUUCUCCUCCCUCCCGACUUCAAAGGCCGCGCUCUCCCCAAGACCCUCUCGGAGCCGGCGGCGCUCCCGUCCGGCUCGGCCUUUAUGGUGGCGCCUCCGAAACCUCAUUAAAAGCAAAGCAACGUG